UGCAUUGCAGAUGUUCGGAGUUCCGUCAGACAUCCUUUCUGCACCUUUGCCGCCAUCUUUGUCUUCGAGCAUAAUGACAGAUCCUUUGAAUUAUCUGGUCACAUGAUCCCAGGUCUGCGAGGGAGGUCUUAUAUGUCAUUCACUGCUUCUGUCUGAAUAUUCAAAGAGAAAACAAAUUGGCCCUAAUGCAGGGGCAAAGAAGUACUGUUGAUUCCCUCCCUGAAACUUUUGAGUUUGAACAUGGAUCUAAUGCAAGUAAUACUGGAGUAAAUCAGCAACUUUUUUGGAAUAAUAUGCUUAAUCCAGUAGAAAGCCGGUUGCCAGAGUAUAUAUUAUCACCUGGUGAAACAAGUAUUAUGGGAGGAAAUGCUGUUAAUCAUGAUAGUCGCAGCUUGAGUGGCUGGAGUUUAGGUGAGCCUAGUUCUAGUGGAAAUGCACGAAGCCAGAUGUGUGAUGAAACAAAAACAGAACAUGGAUGGCCAUCUUCCUUGAGUGCUCCUGCUGGAGUCGGUCCGAGGAUAGAAGAAAGGCAGUAUGAACCAUCUAACAUUCUUUCUUUGGAAAAUGUUAAUGUUAACCUCAACAGGAAUCAAGCUGUAAAUGGGCCUUUUUUCUUGCAUAAUUCCAGCACAGAUGAAAUUGUUCAGAACAUAAACCUAAAUGCAGGUUAUGUUGGAAGCAGUAGCAAUGGUGAUCAGGCCAUGGAAGCUGAUGUUAGUCCUCAUACUUUUAAGUCUGGUGGAUCAGAUACUGAGCAGCUUCCAUCUGGUAGUGGUUCUUCUGAUCCUCUUGGAACUGCUGUUGCAAGUUCUGGUUAUAUUUUAGAAGAAACUGAUGGUAGACCAGGUUGUUCAUUGGAUGGUCGACGUUUGUCCUGCAAAAGAAAGGCCCUUGAAGGAGCUUCUGGACAGUCUUCCUUAGGUGGAGGUCCAAGCUGGUUUCAACGAGCUGAAAGCAGUGCAUGGCAUGCUGUUCCUGCUCACAAUAAUGGUGCUAGCAGCUCAAGUGUACCUACUCCAGAGAAUUCUCCAAGUAUUAAUCCUACUGAGCAAUUGAAUCCAAGAUUUGGGGUUGGUAUGAGGGUUACGCCUGAAGGCCAUCCUGUUUUAAGUGUCGCUGGUAGUGGUGAAAGCUCCCAGAGAAAUUUCCGUGUGAGAGUUAAUCGUGCACAACCACAAGAUUCUGUACCACCGAAUCCAUCGUCGACAGGGAGUGCCAUACGGCGUUCUCAUGUUUGGUCAUCCCAUCAGGCUUCUAGAGUUCUCCCAUUUAAUCAGUCUUCAGAAUCAAGGCCGUCAUCAUCAGCACAGACCAAUGCAAAUGCUCUCCAGAGUCAGUCUCAUGCAAUGCAUAUUCCUGGUGUGGCACGGAAUGUGCACCCAUUUCCUUGGAAUGGAUCCUCCAAUUCCAGGGUUGGUAGUUCGUCAAGUUCUGCUGUCAGUGCUGGGGAGAGAAGUGCUGCAUUAAGAGAAGAAGCUAAUACAAGAAGCAUGACUAGGACCAUCUCAGAACAUCCAAUGUUUGUACAAACAACUGAGGUGAGAACUCUGGCUCAAGAUCCAACAAAUUGGACUUUACCCAGUGGAAAUAUAAGCAUUCUUGGACAUGCUCCUUCUACAUCACGAAUUGGCUCCAGUUCGGGUGUCCAUCCAUCUCCUGCUCCUGCCUGGAUACCUCACCACAAUCUCCCCUCAUUAUAUCCACAGAGAUUAUCAGACUUUGCUCGUCGCUCAUUAUUUCCAUCUGUUGGCUCUGAGUCUGGAGCUCAGACUAGUACGUUCCCUCCACUCCGUUCAGGACCUUCUGGUUCCUCCCAAGAGAUGGUGCUGCCUUCUGGAGUCAGUCACCAGGGACAUCAUCAACCACAUUCAAGGUCAGCAUUCUGGGCAGAGAGACAAGGUGAUGGUGUUCCUGGAGUUCCCUUUUCAUUGCGGACUUUAGCUGCUGCUGGUGAAGGGAGAAGCAGGCUGGUAUCUGAGAUUCGCAAUGUCCUGGACCUCAUGCGUAGGGGUGAAAGCUUGAGAUUCGAGGAUGUUCUGAUCCUUGACCAAUCAGUCUUUUAUGGGGUUGCGGACCUGCAAGAUAGGCACAGAGACAUGCGGCUUGAUGUUGAUAACAUGUCUUAUGAGGAAUUGUUGGCACUGGAAGAACGGAUAGGAAAUGUCAGCACUGGUUUGAAUGAAGAAACAAUUUUGAAGUGCCUGAAACAACGAAAGUAUUUCUCAAUAACCAUAGGAGCUCCUGUAGAGGUUGAACCAUGCUGCAUCUGUCAGGAAGAAUAUGUUGAUGGAGAAGAUAUGGGGACAUUGGAUUGCGGACAUGACUUCCAUUCUCGCUGCAUUAAACAAUGGCUAAAGCACAAGAAUUUGUGCCCUAUUUGUAAAACGACAGCCUUGGUUACAUAAGUUAAGACCAUUGAUUUCUGGCCCUUAAUCAAAGAUUAGAUAAAGAGGCCAUUUUUUUAUUACAGCUCUUGCUGAAUUAUUCUGUGCCAUGCAAUAUCGCAAGGAUUUUUCAGUCAAGCUGGCAGGGUUAUAUCUCCUGCUACAGGAGGCCAAGUAAUGAUCUCUGGG